AUGUCCUCAAUUCAAGGUGGUCAUGUCCAGCAAAAUAACACAACUCCUUUACCGCCAUCUGAUCAUCCACGUGAAUCUGUGCAGCCUUGUCAAUGUCUGCAUACCAAAGGUCAAGCCAAGGAAUCCAACCCAUUGGUUGAGACCGCUUGGCGUCGACUUGAAAUGGCUGACCAUCUAAACUACGAUCCAUUGAAGGUCAUCAGCUUUGAUGCCGAGUUUCACUUAGAAGUGUCUCCUCAAGGCGGUCCAGCUAUGAGUCGUGUUUCAGAGUUUACUCUUGCGAACGGAUAUGGCCAAAUUGUCGCUCAGUACUUCGUGCUGCCGGCAAAUGGUUGGCGUUAUAUGCGGAAACAGGUAUCCAUAACGGUCGAGAUCAUUAGCUUUGAAACGGCGCAGCAAAUUAUUUCUAUGGUCCUGGAAAAAUGUUCGUAUCUGAUUUUAUGGGGAACAGCGGAUCUUCUAGGACUUGAUCUGGCAAACUUACUGGAUACCUAUCGAUCUAAAAUAAUCGAUCUUCCAGAAGAACCACACUUCCGAGCUACGUUACAUCUACCUGUCAUAGGACCAGCGCCGAGUCUAGCCAAAUCCAUGUUGUACAUAUACGGUGCUCUCAUCCAAGAGCCCGAAAUCGUCCGAUGUCGAACCGUCGAUGGAGUUUUUAAGCGGUAUCAUCUAGUCGAUGGAUCCAUGGUAGAUGAUGAUAUUCCACUUCGAGGCCAUUCUUCGGCGUCGGACUGCCUGGGGCAGAUGGCCCUUGCUAUCCCAGUGCUCUCUGAUAUCAUCAAUAGCCGCACGUCCACAGGACUCUCGCCUUUGCUAUCAGCUUCUACCUCUAGCUCUCAGCCAUUAGACCAUGAUAUUAUUGACGCUGAAUCCAUCUAUUUUGAUGCUCUCGAGCAGACUCAUCAAUGCGCGUAUCCGCCAGCCAAAAAAUACCCGCAAAUCGCCAUGCCAGAUUGUCGGCGACAAAACAUUGCUAUUGUCGGUGGGAUCAGAUGGGAAGACAUCAGCGCUCUUGUGGAUCAGAUACAUCUUCUGAUACCUGAAGCUCGUCCAAAUCAGGUGAUCCAUAGUCGACUUAUGGCAAGAAUCUACUUUGAAGGAGACCGUAUGCUAGAUCUUGUGGCAGAAUCACUUACCUUGGAGCUCAGUAACUUGGACUCUGACUUGUGCCGAUUAAUCGACCGUGGGGCCGCCUUAUUCCUUUCCAAUGGGUAUCUACCGAACCCUGCGGAACUCCAUCUUUUCGUUGAAGCUUGCCGACAACGAGGUGAUGUGCUGAAACAACAAUACAUGUCCAAGAACACACCUCUACUCCGUAUUGGUAUGGCUCUUGGUUUCCGACAACGACGUCCGCCAAUCCGUCCCCUCCACUCACGCUCUCCUCGCCAAGACCUCCACUAUCUUGCUUUGCAAGAGCAAGACUGGAAUACCCCUUGGAGCAGCAGAGACACAGUCUCACUGGAUCAUAUCCAGGUAUCAAUCCAAAGGCUAGUGAAACAAAGCCGAUCUAUGGCUACUGGUCCACGGAUCUGGUUGAGUAGACUCCGAGCGUGGAAUCCUUUGGGUGAAUCUGAUAAAUCCGCUUUGAAUGACGCUCGAGACGGAGAUUCGGCGUGGGUAUGGUACGGCAAAUGCCGGCAAGAUUGGAUUGAUGCUCCCGGAGUACAGGUAAAAAAGGGCCAAUUGAUAUGCGCCCAGCCCAGAGCCAAAGACGUAGCCAAAUUACUAGCAUCCGUCAUUAACACCGACGUAGAUGGAGAUGAGAUGGAAGGCGCGAGCGUGCAGCAAAGUUUGUACUUUCUAUGCAUAUCAUAG